UAUAGGUAGAUCUACUUACUCAUCUCUGGUUGUGUCUUGACUCUUGACUGCCUUAGUCACUCUUUUUAGUGAUAGCGACAAAGUGUCACUGCAGUUAAUUAAGGAAGUACUUAGUGAGUACCAAGGUACUUACUAUCAGUAUUUUCUUAUCACUAAUAAUUUGAUAUCCUUGUCAAAGAAUCCAUUAUCCAUCCAACAGAAGUUAAAACUUAGAACCCUGUGCUUUUGCAGAUUGAGUAUCAAAUAUCAAGUGCCAAACAAGUGAAAUUUACUCAUUCGGAUUUCAAGUGACACACCUAUAAAACUUAGUCAAAUUUUUUGUAUGCCAUCAACAAAAUGCCGGCUUAUCACUCUAGUUUUACUAAAAAAACAAAGAACAUUGGUAACAUGGCCUUGCUGCCCCUAAAAACGACAUUCAGAGGACCAGCUGAUCCUCAUCUAAACAACGAGGAGAUGGACAUUAUAGAUGAAGCAUUGUAUUUUUUCAAAGCCAACGUGUUCUUUAGGACGUAUGAAAUUAAGAGUGAAGCAGAUAGAUUAUUAAUUUACAUAACUUUAUAUAUUACUGAAUGUCUAAAGAAAUUGCAAAAGUGCAUUAGUCAAAAUCAAGCUCCAAACGAAAUGUACUCUCUGGCAAUAUCCAAGUUUGAUAUUCCUGGAGAUCAAGGCUUUCCACUAAACUCUGUAUAUGCCAAGCCCAAUGAUGCAACCGAAGCUGAUACCAUGCGACAGUAUUUGUUACAAAUAAGACAAGAGACAGGACUUCGUUUAAUUGAUAAAGUUUAUGGCAGUGAUGGGAAGCCAAGUAAGUGGUGGUUGUGUUUUGCUAAAAAAAAGUUUAUGGACAAAUCACUCUCAGGUCCGGGCCAAUAACGAAUCUAUUGUUAAAAAUUUGUAUGAUUCUCGUGUUUGUGCAUUACUAAGAUGUGUAAGUUUUAAAGAUACUUUUCAUUUAGUUUAUUCUUUUUGAACUUUCAUUGAAACAAUUAAAAGAUAUUUAUAUUAAGGAUGUUCAUAAAAUUUUUACAAUAUAAGUUUUUUUUUUUAUCACUUCAAUAUGUUCUGAACACACUUGUAUCCUAUCAAACCUUAUUUUUUACUCACCUUAACAUCAAUAAACGUUCACAAUGAGGUUUUUAAAAAUAAUUUUACAUGUACUCGUUUUUAGUAAUAAUUAACAUCAGAAAAGUGUAAAAUUGAAACCUAAUUGUCUUUGUAAAAUCACUUAAAUUGGGUAAUAGCCAGACAUUCAAUUAAAGUUCU